UGUCCCUCGGACACAACGGAUCACCGAUCCAUGGAAGGAGCCAAAGAUGUCGGCUCGGUCCUGUGAUCAGCUGUGUCCAAUCACAGCUGAUCACAUGGGACAUCUACACUGAUCAUCAGAGCACUGAUGAUUAGUGUGCUCUGAUGAUCAGUGUAGCCCCAGCAGUGCCACUUGUCAGUGUCCACCAGUGCCAGCUGUCAGUGCUCAUCAGUGCCACAUCAAUGCCACAUAUCAGUGCCUACCAGUGCACAUCAAUGCCACAUAUCAGUGCCCAUCUGAGCUGCCUUACAGUGUCACCCAUCAGUGCCAGUCAGUGCCACCUAUCAAUGCCAAUCAGUGCCACCUAUCAGUGCUGCCAAUCAGUGCCAGUCAGUGGCCCCUAUCAGUGCCAGUCAGCGCUGCCUAUCAGUGUGCAUCAGUGCCGCCUAUCAGUGCCGGUCAGUGCUGCCUAUCAGUGCCAGUCAGUGCCGCCUAACAGUGCCAGUCAGUGCCGCCUAACAGUGCCAGUCAAUGCCGCCUAACUGUGCCAGUCAAUGCCGCCUAUCUGUGCCAUGCCAUAUAUCAGUGCUGCCUUUCAGUGCCCAUCAGUGAUGCCUGUCAAUGCCCAUCAGUGCCACCUACCAGUGCCUCCUCAUCAGUG